CGUGAUGACCGGCAGCGGCCUGAGGAUCAAGUACUAAUGCGUGCGUUACGAGAUUUUAAUAUUCCUAAAAUUGUUACUGAUGAUCUUCCCGUUUUCAUGGGUCUUAUCGGUGAUCUGUUUCCCGCAUUAGAUGUACCUCGAAAGCGGAAUCCAGAAUUUGAAGCUGUUAUUAAACGAUCGGCCAUCGACCUAAAACUACAACCUGAAGAUGGUUUUAUUUUAAAGAUUGUACAACUUGAAGAAUUAUUUGCAGUGCGUCACUCUGUAUUUAUAAUAGGUUUUGCUGGAACUGGAAAAUCAGAGGUAUGGAAAACUCUGAAUAAAACAUAUCAAAACCAAAAACGGAAGCCGCAUUAUAACGAUUUAAAUCCAAAGGCAGUAACAAAUGAUGAAUUGUUUGGAAUUGUAAAUCCAUCGACACGUGAAUGGAAAGAUGGGUUGUUUUCUAUUUUAAUGCGCGAUCAAGCUAAUUUGGGUGGAACUGGUCCAAAAUGGAUUGUACUUGAUGGAGACAUUGAUCCUAUGUGGAUCGAAAGUCUCAAUACUGUAAUGGAUGAUAAUAAAGUUUUAACUUUAGCUAGCAAUGAACGCAUCGCGCUAACCAAAGAAAUGCGAUUACUUUUUGAGAUAGCAUCCUUACGUACUGCAACCCCAGCUACAGUCUCUCGUGCAGGAAUCCUGUACAUCAAUCCACAAGAUUUAGGUUGGACCCCUUUUAUACAGUCCUGGUUGGGUACACGAACGAACGCCAGUGAAGUAGCAACGCUUAAUGUACUAUUCGAUAAGUACGUGCCACCAUUACUUGAGCUGUUCCGAGGACGACUAAAGAGCAUCACUCCCAUUUCGGAUAUCGCCAGGUUGCAAAUGACAUGUUUCUUGUUAGAUAGUACUUUAACUCCACAGAAUGUUCCUCAUGAUUGUCCUAAAGAUUGGUAUGAGAUUUAUUUUGUUUUUAGUGUUAUUUGGGGAUUUGGAUCAUCACUAUUUCAAGAUCAGAUUAUAGACUGGCGUAAUGAAUUCAGUAAAUGGUUUCAGAACGAAUAUAGGGCAGUCAAAUUUCCUCCAUCAGGCAAUAUAUUUUCAUAUUAUAUACAUAAUGAAACCAAAAAAUUUUUACCUUGGACGAAUCUUGUACCAGACUUCGAACUUGAUCCUGAUCUACCCCUUCAAUCAAAUUUGGUUAAUUCUGCCGAGACAACUCGCCUUCGUUUUUUUAUGGAUACCCUUAUUGAAGAAGACCAUCCGCUAAUGCUUAUUGGACCAUCUGGAUCUGGCAAGACAAUAUUAAUGAAUGCAAAAUUGAGUACAUUACCAACAGACAAAUUUGCAGUUACUAAUGUACCAUUUAAUUUUUACACAACAUCGGAAAUGUUACAACGUAUAUUAGAAAAACCUCUAGAAAAAAAAGCAGGUAGGAAUUAUGGUCCAAUUGGUAAUAAGAAAAUGAUUUAUUUUGUGGAUGAUAUGAAUAUGCCGGAAGUCGAUAAGUAUUUUACCGUGCAACCACACACACUCAUCAGACAAUUUAUGGAUUAUCACCAUUGGUACGAUAGAGCAAAAAUGACUCUUAAGGAUAUACAUAAGUGCAACAUUGUUUCGUGCAUGAAUCCAUCAGCUGGAUCUUUUACAAUCAAUCCAAGAUUGCAAAGGCACUUUUGUUCCUUUGCCGUAAAUCAACCUAGUCAGGAGGCAUUAUUUCAUAUUCUAAACUCAAUACUCUCCCAGCAUUUGGAUAACCCACAACAUAAAUUUGAUAAAAACAUUAUUAAGGAAUGUACAGCUCUGGUCAAUACAGCUAUUGCCCUACAUUUAAAGGUGGUUGGGUCUUUUCUUCCUACAGCAUUGAAGUUUCAUUACAAUUUUAAUUUACGUGAUCUUGCGAAUAUAUUUACGGGAGUGCUCUAUGCCAAUAAUGAAACAUGUCCGAAUUUCAAUCAAUUAAUUCGACUAUGGACUCAUGAAUGUUUUCGUGUAUAUGGCGAUAAACUUGUGGACCAAACUGACAUAGGAAACUUUAAAAAAAUUAUUGCUGACGUAGUGCGAAAAGGAAUAGAAGGUAUUAGUGAAGAUAUUAUAUAUGCACAGCCCCACAUAUAUUGCCAUUUUGCAAAAGGUCUUUCGGAUAUUAAAUAUAUGCCUAUAUUAAAUUGGGAUCGUUUGAAAGCGUUAUUAGAAGAAGCUCAGCUGCGUUACAAUGAUUAUGUAGGUGCGAUGAAUUUGGUGCUUUUUGAUGAUGCCAUGUCUCAUGUCUGCCGGAUUAGUCGAAUCUUAGAAUCCUCAAGGGGAUAUGCUCUUUUAAUCGGUGUUGGCGGAUCAGGAAAACAAUCACUUACUCGUUUAGCGGCAUUUAUUUCCUCACUAGACGUAUUUCAAAUUCAACUGACAAAAGAUUAUAGCGUUAAUGAUUUGAAAACAAAUAUUGCUGGACUAUAUUCAAAGGCUGGGGUCAAAAGCACUGCAUGCUGCUUUUUAAUGACUGAUUCAGAGGUUGCACGUGAACAGUUUUUAGUGCUUGUUAACGAUCUUCUGGCAUCUGGGGAUAUACAUGAGCUUUUUCCCGACGACGAAAUGGAAAACGUUAUAGGAGCUGUGCGGAACGAAGUUAAACAGCUUGGAAUUAUUGACAGUCGCGAGAAUUGCUGGAAGUAUUUUAUUGAAAAGGUACGCAGUCUACUCAAAGUUGUACUAUGCUUUUCACCAGUUGGUGCCACACUUCGGGUACGAUCAAGAAAAUUCCCAGCCCUUGUUAACUGUACAACAAUAGAUUGGUUUCACGAGUGGCCACAGCAAGCACUUGAGUCGGUGUCAAUGCGAUUUCUUUCAGAGAUUACAGUACUGCCAAUAGAAUUAGCGCCGCCUGUUUCGAAGUUCAUGGCUUACGUCCAUAAGACAGUCAAUGAUAUUUCUGAGCUCUAUCUGGCCAGUGCAAAACGAUAUAACUACACCACACCAAAAUCCUUUCUUGAGCUUAUUUCUCUUUAUUCUAAGCUAUUAUAUGAAAAAGUGAAUGCUAAUUUAGAUCGACGAACUCGACUAGAAAAUGGUUUAAUUAAACUUGCUAGUUGCACUAAAGAAGUUGAUGCACUACAGGAUGUUCUUAAAGUACAAGAAGUAGAAUUGAAAGUAAAAAAUCAGGAGGCGGAUAAUCUUAUUAUUGUUGUCAGCACAGAGAAUGAAAAAGUAUCGAAGGAACGUGCAUACGCCACUAAAGAGGAGAAAAAUGUACGUCAGAUUGAGGAAGAUGUGGGAGCUAAAGCAAAACUCUGUGAGGAAGACUUUCGUAAGGCUCAGCCGGCUCUUCUUGCUGCGCAGGAAGCCCUUAAUACUCUCAAUAAAAAUAACCUGACAGAGUUAAAAUCUUUUGGAUCACCACCAGAUGCGGUUGUCGGUGUAUGUAGUGCUGUCUUAGUACUUUUUUCUGUUAAUGGAAAAAUUCCCAAGGACCGGAGUUGGAAAGCAGCGCGUAUUAUGAUGGGCAAUGUCGAUAAAUUCCUAGACAAUUUAAUUAAUUACGAUAAAAAGCAUAUCCACCCAGAUGUAAUAAAGGCAUUACAGCCAUAUAUUCAGGACCCUGAAUUUAAUCCAGAAAAGAUUAUAUCAAAAUCCUCCGCAGCUGCAGGUUUGUGUUCCUGGGUAAUAAAUAUAAACCGUUUUUAUGAUGUAUAUCUAGUGGUGGAACCUAAAGAACGGGCUCUUGUCGAAGCUGAGAAGGAACUAAACGAUGCUAGGGAUAAGCUUACAGCAUUAAAUCAACGACUUAAUGAGCUUGAGCAGGAGUUAAAUAUUCUACAAAUUUCAUUUGAUGAAGCAAUGGCAAAAAAACAAAAGUGCCAAGAUGAAGCAGACAAAACUGCCUUUACUAUUGAUAUAGCAAACCGAUUAAUAGGAGGCUUAGCCACGGAGAAAGUUCGGUGGAUAGAGUCCGUAAAAAAUAUUACAUUGGGUAUUAAACAGCUGCCUGGAGAUAUACUUCUUAUUUCAUGUUUCAUAUCAUAUGUUGGCUGCUUUACUCGCGUCUAUAGAACUGAACUUCAACAAAAGAUGUGGAUGCCAACCUUUCAAAACAUGCAG